AUGGCACUUCAGGACCCUCAUGUCAUAGCGCAGUUCGUGAAAAGCUUACGGGAUGCCGAACGGAUGACACCAGCGGAAAAGAAGCGGACUUUCACUUGUAAAAAGUCAACCUUCUUGGUCAAUGGGACCAAGGAUAAGACGGUCGACUCUUGGAAGUUCAUGGAUUGGGACUACCACCGAUCUGAUCUCCCUACCUACGCUCGCGGUCUCUUCACCUCCCAACGUAAGGAUGGCACCCCUGAAAUUGCCGUACGUGGAUACGACAAGUUUCACAACAUCGACGAGACCAACAACACGCGCUGGAGGAACAUUGAGAACAAUACACGAGGUCCUUAUGAGCUGAGUGUGAAGGAGAAUGGCUGCAUUAUCUUCAUCUCUGGACUGGAGGAUGACACAUUACUUGUGUGCAGCAAGCAUUCUACUGGAUACCGUCCCGGCCCUGGAGCUGGCCAUUCUAUGGUUGGCGAGCAAUGGGUGGAGCGACACGUCGCCACUGUGAAUAAAUCGAGCAAGGAUCUUGCGCGGGAACUACGCGAAAACAACCUCACGGCGGUAGGAGAGCUGUGUGAUGACUCAUUCGAAGAACAUGUUCUGGCAUAUGACGAGGCCGCUGCUGGUAUCUACCUUCAUGGACUCAAUUACAACCUCCCCGAAUUUACAACAAAACCCAGCGAGGCGGUACAUGAAUUCGCCGACCGAUGGGGGUUUAAGAAGGCAAAGUUCGUGAAAUAUGAUGAACUUGACGAUGUGAAGAAAUUCUUGGAAGACUCUGCCGAGACCGGAACAUGGGAUGGCCGUGAGACCGAAGGCUUUGUGGUUCGCUGCAAGAUGAACGACAAUGGUAAAGGUCCAUACCGGGAUUGGUUCUUCAAAUACAAGUUUGAAGAACCCUAUCUCAUGUACCGCCAGUGGCGUGAAUGCACCAAGGCUGUCAUCUCAGGGAAACUUCCCAAGAUCAAAAAGCACGUGAAAAUCACUGAGGAAUAUCUUCAAUUUGCCCACAGAGAACUGAUCAAGAACCCCAAAUUGGCAGAACUCUACAACCACAACCACGGAAUCAUUGCAUUGCGAGAACAGUUCUUGAAUGAGCGAGGUCUGAAAGGCCACGAUAUCAUCGCCCUAGAAAGCGAGAUGACCAGCAAGGCCGAGGACAUCGACCAUGAUGUUGUCAUCGUUCCCGUUGCCUCUCUGGGAUGUGGAAAGACCACUGUAGCAUUGGCUCUCGUUCACCUCUUCGGAUGGGGCCACCUCCAAAAUGACGACAUUCCCAAGCAGAAGAACAAGCCCAAGAAGUUUGCAUUCGAAAUUACGAAAGAAAUGGCAACCGCACCAGUGGUCAUCGCGGACCGCAAUAACCACCAAAGGCGCGAACGGAAGCAGCUGAUAGAGGAUAUCGCUCCCGUUAUUCCCACAGCUCAAUUUGUCGCUCUUCAUUGGGUCCAUGAACCGAAGAAUGAAAUGCUACCAGCCAUCAAGGAAGUCACCCGGAAGAGGGUGUUGGAUCGUGGCGACAACCACCAGAGUAUUCGGGCCGGGACAAAGGCACGAGAUGAAACGAUUGGGAUCAUGGACGGAUUCUUGCACCGCUUCGAGGGUAUUGACACCAGACGGGAUCCGGACAUGAGUUUCCAUCAUGUGAUUGACUUGAAUGUGUGUGCCUCUUCGAGAGAGAACCUUGAGACGGUCGUGACUGCCCUACACGCUACAUACCCCAAGAUUGUGCCCAACGUACCUUCCGCCAAAGAUAUGGAUACUGCCAUAGAUGCCGCCUUGAAUGAAUACCGAGUCAAGCAUGAUUUGAGCGGGUCAUACGGGCCGAACAAGAAAGACAAAAAGGACAAGGCUCCUCCCUCUUGCAACCUGGCUCCCGCUGACAUGGCUCGGAAAAUCGACUUUUUCCAAAUCGCCCUUACCGCCAAAGACGUGUUCUCCGUCCUCCAUUCUCUCUUCACCCCCGACACACCUGCGGAUGCCUCCCGAUUGUACCACCAACUUGUGAAUCAGCGACGCAUUCAGCCUACCUCCCAUGUGACUCUUAUUCAUCGUGCCUCGAGCAAGGAUCGCUCGGAUAUUUGGUCUUAUUACUCUAAUAAGUACGUCGAUAUUUUGACUGCCAAUCCUGUUCCGGACGCAUUCGAGAAACCGCCAGCUCUUGGCUCCGCACGUGUUCGCCUGGAGCGUCUUGUCUGGGAUGAUCGGGUGAUGGCUAUUGUUGUGCGCAUUCUGCCCGCGGAUGAGCACAGCCCCGAAGAGGAGACUGGUCUGCCAUGUGCCAAUUCCAUUCCUCACAUUACCAUCGGCACAGCCUCGCCUGAUAUCAAGCCCAAGGAAAGCAAUGACCUGCUUCAGCGUUGGCUAGAGUUUGGCUCGGGCGGCGGGACUGGGAUCUAUGAGAUCGAGAUCACGGGAGUCAAGGUUGUGGAUGGAACUGUUCAGCCGGCCAUGAUGCGUGGCUUUAAGUAA